UUUUGAACGAGUUAAUAGAUACUGCGAAAACAUCUCUCGUUGCGAACGUCGGCAGAGUUUUGAUCGAAGAACAGUUCUAAAUGUCUGGAGAGGGUUCUGAUCAUACUGUGGUGAUAAAAUGGAGCGGUCAAGAGUUCAGACUGUCUUUACCAAAAGAUGCCACGGUAGGGGAUCUAAAGAAAGCCACACAAGCCGCCACCGGUGUCCUGCCAGAGCGGCAGAAAUUACUCGGGCUGAAAUUCAAAGGGAAACCACCAGGAGAUGAUGUGGCAUUGACAGAUAUGAAAUUAAAACCCUCCACGAAAAUCAUGAUGAUGGGCAGCCGAGAGGAAGAAUUGGAUAAAGUCAAAGAGGUCCCAAAGGACCUUCCUGAAGUAGUCAAUGACUUUGACAUAGAAGAGGAAGAAAUAGCAAUAGAGAACAGAGAGGAAUAUCUUGCCAAAAUAGAGCGCCGGAUCAAAGAGUAUAAAAUCAAUGUUUUGAAUGAACCAAGGGAAGGGAAGAAACUCUUGGUGCUAGACAUUGAUUACACCUUGUUUGACCAUAGAUCUGUAGCAGAGACAGCUAACGAGCUGAUGAGGCCCUUCUUACACGAGUUUCUAGAGUCGGCUUAUGAAAACUAUGACAUUGUCAUAUGGUCUGCCACGGGUAUGAAAUGGGUGGAGGUCAAAAUGAAGGAGCUAGGAGUGACCUCUCACCCCAACUACAAGAUCUGCUUCAUGCUGGACAGCCUAGCCAUGAUCAGUGUCCACACACCAAAAUAUGGAGUCAUUGAGGUGAAACCCUUAGGGGUCAUUUGGGGUAAAUAUGAACAAUGGAGUGCUAAAAAUACCAUCAUGUUUGAUGAUAUCAGGAGAAAUUUCAUCAUGAACCCCCAGACAGGACUCAGGAUAAGGGCCUUUAGGGAGGCUCAUUUCAACAGAGACAAAGACAGAGAGUUACUGAAGCUGUCAAAAUACCUGAAACAUAUUGCUGCUCUAGAAGAUUUCACAGAUUUGAACCACCGCCAUUGGGAAAGGUACAGACCUAAAAGAAAGCAUGAACAUACAGACUCCACAGAGCGACAGUUGAAGGAAUCAGGAGAUACCUGAGUCAUCCAUGAUAUUUAUCAUCAGCAGGGACAACUUUGCGAAAGACUUGAUCUGUGGUUCAAGCAAAACCCUAGAUGUACGCCAGGCCUCGCUGCAGAGAUUUGAUUGGAUUGACCAAUCCAUUGACUUGCUUGCGAUACACGGAUUACUUGUAUGUUUCUGAUGUCUGUGUUUUGAGUGUAUGGACCUGAGAAUUCCAGAGAGCACAGAUAAAAUGUAUGCUUAAUAUUUAAAAAUUAAAACGUAGGUUAUGGAACACAAGUGAAUCAUUUGAUACCAAAGUUUGUUACUGUCUGCAACACCAAUUGUCAUUCUGAUUACUGUUAAAGACAUGAAGAAUGAAAUAGUUCUUCAUCAGUAAAAUGUACAAUUGCUUCAGUACUUUUUUAAAGUUUUAUGCAAUACGUUGUAACUUUAUUUCGUUACACAGGUACAUGUAGCAAUAUCGUAUUUAAUUUGUCAGCCUGACUUUCACGGAAUGAACUGUUCGUUUUUGUCAACUGAAUGUUAACUGAAAAAUCUGGAAUGGACCGUAUGAUAUAAAUCGCCCAUUCAGUAUUCAAUCGCCUUUUAGUUAAUAUUCAGGUUAUGUUUAAGUUAGCUUUAAAUCACUUAUUAGUUAAUAUUCAGUCACCUUAAAGUUAACAUUCAGUCACCUCUCAGUAACAUUCAUUCACCUGUCAUUUAACAUUUAGUCACCUAGAAGUUAACAAUUCAGUCGUUUUUCUGUUGAAUAAUCAAGAAAGUUACAUAUUGCCUGUAUUCUUUUUUCAACGAAGAAUGAAUUGUAUACUAUAAA